GAGAUUGUGGCAUUUGCAGAAACUGCAGAAAGCGUGUUGUUUUGCUUUUGCUAAACUUAUUUAUCAAGUGUUUUUUAAUAAACUGUUCGAUGAAUAUGGCUAGUCACGUGAAAAUACGAUUAGCUUCCCAAAGGGUAAAUCAUUCAGUGUCUUCAUCGUCUUAUAACAAUGAUUUACCUCGGUUUUACACUCCUGGAGAGGUUGUUACGGGAAUGCAAGAUUUUAUGCGUGGGCACGGCACAUAUGCCGUGGAUGAUUGCCUAAAAGCUUCAGUGUCCGGGGUUAUGCAAAAAGUGAACAAGUUGAUAUGUAUCCGGCCUUCAAAGAAUCGUUAUGUUGGUGAAAUAGGCGACGUAGUUGUUGGGAGAGUGCUGGAAGUCCAACAGCGCAGAUGGAAGGUGGACACAAACUCACGCUUGGACUCAGUACUGCAGUUAUCUUCUGUAAAUCUUCCUGGAGGAGAACUGAGACGGAGGUCAGCUGAGGAUGAGCAGAUGAUGAGGAAACAUCUACAGGAGGGUGACCUCAUCAGUGCAGAGGUACAGAGCGUGUUCUCAGAUGGCUCACUCUCUCUGCACACCAGGAGUUUGAAAUAUGGCAAGCUGGGACAAGGAAUGCUGAUGAAAGUAUUCCCAUCAUACAUCAAGCGCAGGAAGAAUCAUUUCCACCACUUACCCUGUGGCAUAUCAGUAAUUAUUGGCAAUAACGGCUACAUAUGGAUCAGCCCUCCAGAACGACAUAGCAUGGUCGAAGGAGAGAGGGAUGAAGUUGUAGAUGUUGAACAGACUGUAUCCAGGACUGAUAGAGAAACAAUGGCGCGUGUGAAGAACUGCAUAUCAGCACUAGUUGCAUCCAAAAUCAUGUUGGACGAUACCAGCAUCAUGUUUGCUUACGAGGAGAGCCUCAAGUAUGAUGACGUUAAAGACUUGCUCGACCCUGAGGCUAUGCUCGACAUUGCCUUCCUAACACAACACAGAAUAAACUAUGUCGUUGAAGAGUAACAGGUAAUUUUAUUUUCCC